AUGGAGAGUCAAGCGUCCAGCUCGAACGCGGCAUCCUGCUCAACUACAACCUGUUCGGCCGCUGCCGCCUGCUCGACCACGCCCUCCGACAACGUGCUCACCGACGACAACCUGCUCGACAUCAUCCUCGGAAUCCAUCGAAUCUGCGGCGACGCCUGGGACAGCCGUCGCUCCGUCAGCCACUCAUUGCUGCGAACCCUCGAUAGCCAGCUGCGCAUUCGAGGCCUCGAUGACUUGAAGCGGCUGCUUCCGAUCCUCGCCAGCCGGCACUGCGCACAGGCCUGGCGGCUGCCUCACUCGAGGCUCUCGGCCGGCCUUCCGUCGCUCGGCCUUCCCUCUGUCGCGCCGCACGGCCGGAUGGUCCGGCUGGAGCUCUCGGGCUGCGGCGCGCUCACCGACUCUGACCUCGAGAGCCUCGCCGAGGCGCUUCCGCAGCUCGAGGAGCUGCAGCUCUCCUGCAACGCGCAGCUGGUGCGGCCGAGGCUGGGCGGGCUGCGCAGGCUGCGCGUGGCGGCGCUGUACAUCUGCGCCACGCUUCAGGACGGCGCCGUCGACGACCUCUGCCGCGGCUCCCCUCUCCUCCGCGAGCUCUCCGUGUGGCGCUGCUCGGCGCUGCGCCGGCCGAGCCUCGCGGCGCCGCAGCUCAAGCAGCUGAACGUCUCCGAGUGCUUCGAGCUGACGGAGGAGGCGCUGGUGGGCGCGCUGCGGCGAUGUCCUGCCCUGGUCAACCUCCUGGCGGCGGGGCGCCUCUCGCACCUCAAGCUCGCGGGGUGCGCGGCGCUGCUCGACGCGGCGCUCGAGCGCGCGUGCGUCCGCUCGCCGAGGCCGCGCAAGCUCGCCGUCGCCCCCGCCGACGAGAUUGCGCGAGGCUGA